AUGAUUGAUUAAGACAUUCUCAUUGGCUUAUAUGAUAGCAAGGAAAAUAUCAACAGAGUAGUUUGGCAAAAAAUUUAUCAAUUAUCUAAUUCAUUUUCUUUGCCUAGGAUUGGUCUAAUGCGCUAAAGUAUUUCUGCAGUUUAAACUUUGAGAAAUAAAGCCGACUCUGUUUAUGCUUUAGUAAGAACUGAAUCUUCUGAAUCCGUACAGAGUACUGUUUCAUUCAUGAAAAGAGUAUCAGAAAGUACAAAUGUAUUCUUAAUUGGUGGUAGCUUUAGCGAAUAUUCAUAAUAUAAUACUAUCCCUCUAAAUGAGGCAUAAUCAGGAUUAUUUUUUGUAGAGAAAGAUUUUAGCAAAAAUGAUAACAUUUUCAUCCAAAAUACCUAUAAUCUAGCCCAAUAAAGUAGACUGGACAUAGAUUUCGGUGAAACUAAAAUAUUAGAUUCAUUAACAAUUUCAUGUUUGAAUGGAAAAGCUAUAGGUGCUAUAGGAUUUUUAGCAAGAAACGAUUCAUCAUAACUAGAAAGAUUAUAUUUCUGA